CAGGCUGAGCCGGACCGAGCCGGACUGCGGCUGGACCCUCCAAACAGCUCGGCGUUUUCCGCUGAACGGCCGCUGCCGGCUGCGCGCGGAGCUCGGCGAGUUUCAGCGCUCUGAGUUCUGAACGGGACAAAAACAACAAACAUGGAGCUGAUCUGAGCUGCGGAGCGAGCGGCGCUGACUGACCGACCGAGAGCGGAGAGCAGCUCGGCGGACACAGCAGAGUAUUAGGCGUGAAACAUGUUAAUAAGUCUACGUGGACAGGAAGAAUGACGACACCCAGAUGAGAGGCAUGGAGCUGAAGGUGUGGGUGGACGGAGUGCAGCGCAUUGUCUGCGGGGUCACUGAGGUCACCACAUGUCAGGAGGUUGUGAUCGCCCUGGCCCAGGCCAUAGGGCGCACCGGGAGGUACACGCUGAUAGAGAAAUGGCGCGAGACGGAGAGGUACCUGGCCCCCCACGAGAACCCGGUGGUGUCUCUGAAUAAGUGGGGUCAGUACGCCAGCGAUGUGCAGCUGGUGCUGCAGCGCACCGGCCCCUCGCUGUGCGAACGACCCACCUCGGAAACCUCCGCCCUUGGGCCCGAGCGCGGCCCGUACCGCCAAAGCCUGCCCCCUCUGGCCAAGCUCCGCCCCUCGGCCCCAGACCGCUCCCUGAAGCGGCGCGAACCCAAGCGCAAGUCUCUGACCUUCACCGGCGGCGGCAAGGGCCUGCGGGACAUCUUCGGGAAGAGCCGAGAGCCGGGCCGGACCCGCAGUGCUACGCCGGGCCCCGUGGCGCAGGAGCUGGGCCAGCUGGUGCAGCUGCAGAAGGAGAAGCUGCGCUCACUGGAACAGCGUCUGCAGAGCUGCGAGCAGGAGCUGCGGGAGGAGCUCCUGACGGAGGAGGAAGAGGAGGAGCUGCUGCAGCUGGAGCAGCAGGUGCGCCGGAUGGAGGCCGAGAUGGAGGAGCAGGAGUUCUGGGAGAGCGAGCUGCAGAUAGAGCAGGAGAACGAGCGGCAGCUGCGGGAGCGCCUGCAGGAGCUGCGCAACCGCGUGCAGGAGUGCGAGGCGCGGCUGGCCGAGUACCUGGCGCAGAUCCAGUGCAUGGAGGCGUGUCUGGAGGCCGAGCGGCUUCAGCAGGAGCUGCAGCAGAGCAGGCAGGCGGACGAGGAGGAGCUGCGGGCACGGAUGGAGAAAGUGAGGACGGAGCUGGAGAUGCAGGUGCAGCAGGCAGCCAGGCUGGAGAGCAGCUGCAGAGCCGUGGAGCUUUCUCUCGGACAGUCCAGCAUCCGGCUACAGGAAAAAGAGCAGGAGCUGGAGCAGUUAACCAAGGAACUGAGACAGGUGAACCUUCAGCAGUUUAUCCAGCAGACUGGCACCAAAGUCACCGUGCUACCAGCAGAACCUGCUGAAGAGGAGACCAGCAGAGAGACCGAGCAGUCCAGCUCUCUGAAGCGCCUGGGGUCGGCCCGCCCGCUCCCCAACGCCUUCCGGGCCCUGCAGAGCCCGCUGACCUCCAGCUUCAACCCAGAGGGCAUUUACGUCUGAUCAUCCAGUGCCAGUGGACGUCUAUGAGUGACACCGCAUCUCAAGCCAUUAACCUCAAAUCGCUCACUUCUCGUUCUGUCACAGCUCUGUUGUUUGAUGCGAAGAAGAUCCUCUCGGGACUCCGUUCUGCGUGGGUUCUGAUCUUUAAUGCUCCUUGUGGUUCUCUAGCUCAUCACAACCAUCUGGAGGUGUGUUUUCCUCGUAUAGACGACGUCACAUCCAGGAUGAAAGAGAUGCAGGACGGAAAAUAUACCAAUAUAAUUGAUCUGUAUCUUCAACCUUCUGUUCACCUGCCUUGGAGGAUGUUCCUCCGAGCAUCUACGAAACAGAGCCACCUUGUGGUCAGUUUUAUUCAACCCAGCCUGCCCAACUGGACUGCAUGAUUUUGCCUGCCAGCCUUUUUUUGCUGUGAAACAGUUUCCACAGGCCAGCGUUUGAUUUCUAGAAUGUUCCUCAGCUGGGAUUCACCUCUCAAGACGGUCUUGACGCCUCGCCUGGUUUUAGUGCUGAGAUUGAAGAGGAUGUGUCACUGUGUGCUGCACUGCACGCAGUACUGAACUCUGGUUUGAGAUGAAGUCUUGAUUCUUUGCUGCUGGAUCGCGAUUAGAUAUGAUACAACAGUCUGAACUUUGGGAAAGUGUGCACUUUAUUGGCCAAAACGUCUGCUGUCCAAAAGGCGUGAGAGGAAUUCCCUUUCCUCAAAUACAAUCGCUGCUAAUUUAACUCCUCAUUGGGUCCUUUUAUUAGAUUUCUUGGUUUAUCUGGUGCUUCAAGAACAAUAAUAUUGAUGCAGUAUACAAGAGAGAUGCAGCAUGUCGUCGUGACUGAGGGAGGAGAGGAACACAAACUUUUAGUUGUUGUCUCAAUAACAAAAAUAAAUGUUUGCUUGUUCCAAAGAACCCAAAUAAAUGAUCAUAGGAGUGGAAGUGUGAGGCGUCUCAGAGUAAAAGUGCUGAUGAGCUCCUGCAGAGGUUGGCACACUUUUUCUCAAGGUGGUUCUUGACGUGUGCUGGAGAAACUGAGGUGGUGGAACCUCCAUAUUUGCUUCCCUUGCUUUUGUUAUUUGCUUCCAGGUGGGCGUAGCCUGUUUCCAUCUGCACCAUCAGGUCUAUAUGCAGUCCAGAGGCCUGAAAGUCCAUUUACAUUCUUUCUCAAGUAGCCUUUCUUUGGGUCACUGCUGGUCUCUUCAGAUAUUGGCUUUAUGUGGUGAAACUUUCACACAGUUUACUAUAUAAUAACAUAUAUGAUGCUAAGUUUGAGCUGAAUAAUGUAAUGCAGGGGUCUCAAACUCAAGCACUAGUAGAGCUGGGCAGUAUCACGAUACUUCAAGUUUUCACAAUACACAUUUUUUGUGAUAUUUUUCAGGCUGGAAUAGACAAAGAUGUGCCACAUAAAAACUAUAUCCAAAUAUUUGUAUUAAACAUUUCACACACUGUGCUGCACUAAAUCCAGUUAAUCAGGACUAAUUAUGCUCUCUUUGUAGUCAAAUGUGCAGUUGGGUGUUUGUUAAGUACUAAUGAUAUCCACCAUAUGCUCAGAAAAGCUUUCUGUGAUAUAUUGUGGUGUAAUUUAUCACAAUAACAGUAAAUAUUGUCAUAUUGCCCGGCACUAGCAACAAGCCAGAUGGCCUACACCAAGUAAAAUUGAAGGGGAAAAAAUGUUUUUCCACUGUAUAAAAUUACAUAUACACUCAUAUAUACACUCAUAUACACCCUACUACUACUCCUAAAAAUAAUAAUAAUAUGUUAUUCAAUUAAAUCAGAUAGACUUACAUUUUGCGGUAGAAUUACACAGGACUCUUAUUUUGAUAGCAUUAUCGUUGCUGCUGAAUGUGAGAGAAGUUGUUGUGAGUGAAGUGUUGGACUGAAAAUCUGGAUUAGUUUGAUUAUUCCAUUCAUUUCUCAGUUCUCCGCUGUGUCUCCUGCUGUGUCUCCUGCUGUGUCCUGAAUGAAUCCACUCAGGCAGGUCUAAGUAGCUGUCGGUCUAAAUUAGAACGAUAGCUGAGUUAGAGCUCAAUCACAGUCAGUGUGCAGCGUCCGUGAUGCGGCAGGUUUGAGUUUGGAUGGUUCCUCUUGUGUGCAGCUCAUCGUGAUCAUCAGUCUGAGCUGAUUUUAUAGAGCUUGUGUUGGGUAAACAGACACAGUAUCUGGUAGUGAUGCUACCUUUGAGCAUGUGUGAGCAUGUGGACUUGCACUGCAUUGAUGCUCGGUUCAUUUUCCAGAAACGUGCCUGACCAGUGACGUCCAGAGCUUUACAUAUGUUCACAUAUGACAUAUGACUUUGUCUUAGUUUGUCGCACAGUAUUUCACAGUCAAGGUGUGAAUAUAUAUCGUCGCUGUCCAAAGAAAUACACGUAUCUCCAAUUUUUGCGAUUUUUACUUUUGUACAUCAUUUGAGUUUCGUCCUUUACAUUGUGUGAAAAUGA